AGUGAGAAUGAGGUAUUGAACCAGGAAGCUGCCCCAGCAAAAUGGCGAUGGGACCUAAAGAUCGAAAUCGAAACGCCCAGAGUAAGAAUUUUGGGGGAAUGAUUGGAUCUAUCCUUCAGGGAGUGUUAGCAACACCUAAACUUGUUGUCGAUAAAAAGACCAUCGAAAAAUCAUGGAAAUUAAUGGACAAAGUUGUGAAAUUGUGUCAACAUCCAAGAAUGAAUUUGAGAAACAGUCCUCCUUUCAUUUUGGAUUUAUUGCCAGACACUUACCAGCAUCUUCGUUUAAUUUACAAUAAACACGAUGAUAAGUUAAAUACUCUGAAUGAAAAUGAUUACUUCCGAGUGUUUAUAGAAAAUCUUAUGAACAAGUGCAAAGCCACAAUAAAACUUUUCAAAGAAGGGAAAGAAAAGAUGUUUGAUGAGAAUUCUCAUUAUAGACGGAAUUUAACAAAGUUAUCGUUAGUGUUUUCUCACAUGCUUGCAGAACUGAAAGCAAUAUAUCCAAAUGGACAGUUUGCAGGUGAUAAUUUUCGCAUAACAAAGAGUGAUGCAGCAGAAUGGUGGAGAAAAUCCUUUGGUGAUCGAACCAUUGUAUCAUGGAAGGUGUUUCGACAGACCCUGAAUGAGGCACACCCUAUCAGCUCCCCACUAGAAGCCAUGGCAUUGAAAUCCACGAUUGAUCUGACCUGUAAUGACUACAUUUCGGUCUUUGACUUUGAUGUUUUUAGCAGGCUUUUCCAACCUUGGGUAAAUUUAUUAAGGAAUUGGAAUGUUUUGGCAGUUACCCACCCAGGAUAUGUAGCAUUUCUAACAUAUGAUGAAGUCAAAGCCAGACUUCAGAAAUACGUCAAUAAACCAGGAAGUUAUGUCUUUCGGCUGAGCUGUACGAGGUUAGGGCAAUGGGCCAUAGGAUAUGUCACUGCAGAGGGCCAAAUUCUACAGACCAUUCCGCAGAACAAAUCCCUGUGCCAGGCCUUACUUGAUGGGCAAAGGGAAGGAUUCUUCAAAUUCCCAGAUGGACGCUCCAUAAAUCCGGACUUGAGUUUCCUGGUACAGGACUGUGAGGAGGACCAUAUAAAAGUCACACAGGAGCAGUAUGAGCUGUACUGUGAGAUGGGAUCAACCUUUCAGCUGUGUAAAAUCUGCGCAGAGAAUGACAAAGAUAUCCGAAUUGAGCCCUGUGGUCACCUUUUGUGUACUCCAUGUCUAACACAGUGGCAGGACUCCGACGGACAAGGAUGUCCGUUCUGUCGAUGUGAAAUCAAAGGCACUGAGCAGGUUGUUGUAGACCCCUUCAAUCAACAGCAUGAAAGGCGACAUGAAGAGCCAAAGAAAAAGCGAUGUUCACAUCUCACGUUUGAUGAUGACAUCACGGAAGACGACUCAGAUGGUCAGGGAUGUCCAUUUUGCCGCACAGAGAUUAAAGGGACAGAACAAGUAGUUAUGGACCCCUUCAGUCCACAGCUGACCUCCAGAUUAGACUCCAUUAAGCCUCACAACAGCAAUGCCCCCACCAAUCAGGAGGAGCAAAAUGACUCGGACCCUCGAGAUUCCCCCACAAUUCCAAAAAGAGAUUUACCCCCUCCAGUCCCUCCCAGAAGAUCAUCACCAGUGCCAUCACCCAGUGUCUCACCAACAUCAUCCCCCAAACCUCCAAGUCGUAGACAGUUACCACCCACACCCCCGGUAGAUCCUUCCCAUAUUCCACAGCCUGUGUCAAAGGCCAUUUGUACAGAUGUUGUGGACGGAGUGGCUCAAUAUCACACAGGGAUAUCCUAUGCUGAACUUCGGUAUGAUGUUCCUUCCAGUAUUUCUACAGUAUGCUCUGAAUCUACUGACAUUGUCAACUCUACUGAAUGCAAACAUCUAGGUAUAAAUGAAAACAGUCAGGCAGAAUCAGCUAAUCAUAAAGGAGGUACAAUUUUCUCUGUCACAGGUAACAGCAAACCACCAUUAAGACGGACACCCACAGACUAUGACUUGCCACCUUUACCAGCACCAAGGAAACAACCUGGAGAAAAAAAACUGUCAGAUCCUCCCCAAGAAGAAAGAGAUAUACAGCUUCCUGUCAGAAACAGAUUACGUGAAAACACCGACAGUAACAAGGAAAAUAGUGUAGACGAGGUCCAAGUUGAUCAGUUGGUCGCCAAAGGAUACGACCGCCUGCGAGUGGUGGAUGCAUUGCGUGUGGCCAGAAAUAAUUUGCUCAUGGCUGAAGAAAUCCUGGAAACAUUUGUGCGGCUAUGAAUGUAUGCUCAUAUUUUUUACCAAACAUACAAGUGCUCAGUUCUCUGAAUUGUACUUAAUAAUGUAAGCAGUGUAAUACACAGACUUGCUUUGGUGCUCCAUAUACAUGGGUGAAAAACAGACUGGAAUACAGCAUCCAACAUGUUGCGCUUUGGAGACAUCAGUAUCUCUACAUUUUGUGUUUGUUUUUGUGUUACUUGAAUGUUAUUUCUUGUAACUUAACACUUAAUGUCUUUUGUGUUACUUGAAUGUUAUUUCUUGUAACUUAACACUUAAUGUCUUUUUAGAUAAAAGUGUUUGGUGUAAAGCUUCUGCGUGAAUGAGUUGUUGCAUCUGUAAAAUAGAUCUUCUAUUUAUAUAUUACUCGCUAAAAACAAAGCAUGCUGUACCUUUAUAUUAAGUAUUUUGUCAAUUGUUUAACAGCAAUUUUUUCAGUGCCCACAGUUACAUGUAGAAGAAAUUGCACGUUUUUAAUACAACAGUAGGAUCAUGGUUAUUUGACCUUGACUGGAUAUAAUGUAGUAAAAUUUGUCUUAAAAUGGACAAUCAUUGUUCCUCACCUUUUCUGAAAGAGUAAAUUUUUAUGAAGGUAAAUAUUUAUUCAAACACUUAUUGUUAUUUUGACUGACUUGAAGUAUUGACUCAGCUUGUUGUGUCCAACUCUCUUAUCAUACUGACUUAUUUUCACUGCAUUUUAAUUUUUGCUAAGAUUCUGUUGACAAAAAACUUAAAAUAGAACUACAAUGACUUCAACAUAGUCAUAUGACAUUUAUUUAUAUAGAACUGGAGUAAUUUAAAACUGCAUGAACAAGAAACCAAGAAAUAGUGAGGAUAAGUUUCCUUAUGAUGUACUGCAUACUGGAUUUGAAAAUUUUGGCUGACACUACAUGAACAUGUGUACGUAUUCUUUUGUGAUUUUUUGUUCUCAGCAAAAAUUUGAGGAUAAACUGCCUUGUCUGAUUAUCAAAAGUUAUAGAAGAUAUUUUACAGCCACAUUCUGUUUCCAGAACCUGUGUAUGAAAUGCAGUUAUGCAAGUUCUGUGAUAAUUUACUGGCCUUUUGUUACAAUUUGAGCUUUGCCUGUGUAUGUAUAACUGUAUUUAUAUUAGUUCUUUAUCACUUUGCAUGUAUAAAAAUUUAUCAUUAUUUGUAUACAAAAUGUAUAUGGUUAUGUUACUACUUGGGUAUGUAUAUAUUUUGUGGUAGUAGGUCCCAAGGACCACCAAUUUGCGGAAUUAGUUAUUUUUUAUUUUGCUUUUGUAAUACAGGGUUGAGCCCAGUAACUAACCAAUGGACGGUCCAUGCAUAGUACAUUAUUCCUAAGUCAAAUCCCACUAGUAACCUUGAAUAUCUUCAUAUCAUUCAUUUAUAUUGAGAGUAUUUUUACUGUCUUCACAUCUUUCUUGGUGGUUUAAACAUGCUUACCAAUUUAUACUUCGUGCAAUUAUUAAAUUUGAAAAGGGGUUGUACUAAAUCUGCAUAUACCAGUAUACCUAUUGUAAAUCCAGCUUACUUCAAGCUUUUGAUAAAGGAUAGCAAUGACAAAUUUUUCAUAAUUAUAUGAUAUUUUCUUGUACAUAAUACAUUACUCUUGCCAAACAAUGUACAAUUUUAUACAAGUAAAUAAGUAAUGCAAUUCAAGUAUUCACUAUGUUGUGUAUUUCAGCUGAAUCUCUCAUUUAAUGUACACCUGGAAGUAAUUCAGGUCCAGCAGCAAAUAUAUGUGUUUCUCGGUUUAAAAUUCUGGAAUUGUGUCUGUUGCACUGUGAUUUCUCAAUCAACAUUUAUGAUUUGCCAGUUGGUCCAAAAUCAUAUUUAAUCAUAUAUUCAGUGUUGUAUGCAAGGAAACAUUGUACACUGUAUAACAGCAUUUCUACAUGAUAUAUAUACACUAUAUAUCGUCAGAGGAAAUUAAAGUGAAAUUUUUUUUCAUGUCCAGAUUUCCUUAGUUGUCAGAUUAACAAAUCGUAGAAUAUAAAUGUGUAUUUAUAUAGUCAGAAAUAGAACACCUUUUAAUAUAUUUUCAGUUUGGUCCUUUUGAUGUUUAGUUACUGUAAAUCAUUAAUAUUUUAUUAGACUUUUUGCCUUGUCAAAUCAAUUAUCGAGACAUGAUUAUUUUGAUACUCAAUUCUUCAUUUAUUCACAAAAAUUAUUCAAAAGAACAUUGAUUUUGCAUGAGAAUAGCAAAUUUAUACAAAAAAAAUGUUCUUGUGAAUAAAAAGUGAUUUCCUGAAUUGAAAUUACAGUAAUCAUAUUCUAAACUAAAUUUUCUGUAGUCACUGAAAAUUAAGCACAGAACCGGAAAUUAAGCUGGCAACUUUUCAAUAGAUUUAAACUUUUUGUAGCUUACUCUUUAUAAUUACAACACCCCACACAAAUCCCAUAGGUUGAACGUCAUUACAGAGAAAUUAUUAUUUACUAAGAUUGAUCCAGAAUUCUUAUUUUAUUUUUAGAAGAGAAGUAUUUUUAUUGCAUGUAAGUAAUAUGGUCAUUUAAUAUGAUAUACAAUGUACUUGCAGUUUUGAGUACGAAGUUUGGCCACAAAUUUCUUUUUUAUUUAAACAAUAAAAACAAGUGUUUAUAUUUAUUUUCAUACAGAAAGAAAGAAAACCCAGAUAUUUUUACAUUUCUGAAAAUGAAGUUUGGUAAAAUUUUCUGCUUGGGAAGUUUUACACAUUGUCAAUAUUUUGAUGUAGUAACAUUUUAAUAUAUAUUUGCCUUUGAUAUCUUUACAAACUGUAAUGAUAGCCCUUUCCUCAUGAAUGCGCUGCAGUUUUGAACAAUGUAUGAAUCUUGAUAAAGAUAGUACGUCUAUUUUAAUAGCUGAGAAUAUCAACAGGAAUGAAAGUAAAUUGUAAUUAUAAGAAAUAGAUUUCAUUUUUGAAAUUACAUCAGGGUAUGAAUUGCAAGUUAACGCUCAAUGAAAAAUAGCUGGCUUGAUGCAUUGCAGUUCAUACCCUCAUGUAUUUUCAAAACUGAAAUUUAUUUCUAAGUAUUAACAAUGACAGUACACAUUCAGAAGUAGAUAUUUCACUAUAUAACCACUAGUAUUUAAACUGAUUUGGGGGGUUUACAAGCUAUUUCCUAAUUUGGCAAUAAUCAAACAAUGCUGGUCAGUGUCUCUUGUGGCUUUGAUAACAUACAGUGUAUAUCAAAACAAUUUUAACUUACUAGGUUAUCUGAUUGACUCUAUAUGAAGUUUCUCUAAAUCGAAUCAAAAUGAUUACAUUUACAAACUUGAAGACGCCACUCCUUUUAGGCCCUGGGAUCCAAAAAUAUUGCAAGAAAUCUCACUUUUUGAAUUCAGUUUUGGUGGCAGGGAUAUUAGCCUCAUAAAAACCUGUAGUGCUUGUUAACUGUUGGUCUUUUCCAGAAUGCUAAAUUCAUCCCUGGGUAUCCAGUUCAGGCCUGGGGAUGGGUGUGAAACAGGUCCAAUUUGUAAAGGUAGAACCUUUAUGUUCAUCUUGAAUCACGUCUAUAUUCUUCAUCACCUUGUUUGAGUAUUAAUGUUUACUGUGAAAGAUUUACAUGUAAGGAAGUUUUUGCAUGAUACACAGGUGACCAAUUGAGGUCUUAUGGUCCAGUUGUUUGGUUGAAAUGAACAUCAUGAUCAAGCACAGGCUUAUUUAAUUUGUGCUAUAUUGUGAUAAAAAAAGAGAUCAGAAUUGUGGAAAGCUAGUUCAAAACUUUAUUUGAAAUGUAUAUUUAUUUACCUCUGAAUUUCAUAUUUAUUAUAAUUGGUUUUAGUAUUUGUAUUAAAACCUUUGUUUCUUUAGGUAAAAAUACUUUGAUCUUUGUUUCUUUCCAUUAUGCUAUAAACCCUAAACCAUUUGAUGGGUACAGCAUUGUAAAGGUGUACAAUAUUGUGUUCGGGGUUUAAAGGACAUGUUUUUGGAGACUUUGUUAUUUUAGUUGAAUGCAAGAUCCCAUAUACAUUGUUUCUCCAUUGUUAUUUGUUCAUUAUGACAUCAUGACCAGUCAGGUCCUAAUAAAAACAAGAAAAUUUA